GCAAUUAUCUAGGCUGUCCAGGUGGGCCUUUGGGCCGAGCGAGAAUAUAAAGGACCAGUAGUCCGAUUCCUUUGCAUUGAAUGCUUUCUCGGUUUCGUCAUCUUUACUGUGUUUUCCUCCCUCUUUACAUCAAUACCAAGUAAACUCUGUCGACACAAUGGGCAGCCAAGGGACACCCGUCAUCCACUAUGACUAUGAAUUUUCCCCCGUGGGACAGAAGACCAAGCUUCUUCUGACUGCCGCCGGCGUGCCCUUUGAGCGAGUCGACCAGCCCGCCGUGUUGCCGCGCAAAGACCUCGAAUCGCUCGGGAUCACGUAUCGUCGCAUUCCGCUCUUGGCCAUCGGAAAGGACGUCUACGUCGACAGCGCGUUGAUCUUCGACACCGUGCUGGAGAAGCUGGCGAAGGGCAAGUUGCAGACGACAACUGCGGACAAAGCGUGGGAAGCUUGGGGCUAUGACACCUUCCAGGACGUCUUGACUCUGGCGCCGCAUGAGCUGUUGAGUGACGACUUUGUCAAGGAUCGCGAAACGAUUUUCCCCAUCCUCGCCCGUUCGGACUACAAGACCUUGCGACCCAGCGGCGUCGCGCAAUUUCAAGAACGUCUGGAGUUCCUGGAGAAGACGGCGCUGAGCAGCGGAGGCUACAUCAACGGCGACAAGCUGUCCGUGGCCGACAUCCAUGUCAUUUGGGGCGCGCGGUGGGCGUUGAACCCCAUGGACGGAGGCCCGCCUGGCCUCGGCAGCAGCAAGGAGGCCGGGCUCGGCAAGGAACACUUCCCCAAGGUGUGGAAGUUGAUCGAGAGCCUGCCGGCAUCGAAUGGACAGACGGUGGAUGCCGCCGAAGCCGCCAAGAAGAUUCAGAGCGCCAGCUUUACUGCGGACAAGAGCGGGGUGGCCAAGGGGGAGCCGACGGGGAUUCAGGCUGGGAAGCAGGUGACCGUGGACAGUCUGGAUGCGGCACCACAUAGCCAUCCACAGGCCGGGAAGCUUGUCUCGACGUCGAACAAGGAGAUUGUGCUGGAGUUGCCGAGUGGCAUUCACCUGCACUUCCCGCGGGUGGGAUACAUUCUACGAGAGGCGUAGGCCUGCUGGUCCUGGUGAAUGAGCUGGUUUCAAUAGCUUGGAUACGAGAAUGAAACAAUGAUGAUUCUUUUG